UUCAAUUCACCCGUAAUCUGCGGCCGCAAUUAGACGGUAAAGUCAAGGUAACCUUGGGAAAAAUGUAAGCAAAAUUUUGUCCUGCGCAACUCUGGCUUUUGGGAGAUAUGUAAAAAACAGACAUUCGUACAUUUUAGUAUAACCUGGUCACACUAAAAUAUGAUUAUUUGUAAAAAAAAUAUAAUUAUUGGAUUCAAUUUUAAUAUUAAUAGUACCUGAUAAUUAAAAAAUGGAUACUUAUUUAGUAAUAUAUACACGUAAAUUAAUCUAUGAUUAUAUAAUGAUAUCUUCCGACCGUGUUAGUGAUUGCAAAGAAAGUCUACAGAAGUAUCAUAAUUUUUCCAAACGAGUAUCAAAAAAAAUUACUGUAGUGCCAAUGAAUAAAAAAGGCUUCAGUGCAUAUGCAGCAUCAGGAUAUGUUACACUAAUGAAAAAUUCUUCAGUAUAUCGUCUAUCAGCUCUAAAACUUUUAAACAGCUUAAUAUCACAGAUAAUAAUUACCAAUUCAAAGCCUAUCGUUCUCAUGAAAUUGAAAAUGCCCCAGAGGCAAUUUCUAGAUUAUACAUGGAAUAAUAUUAUAACUUCUAUGGUAUUAGAAAGGCGAGAAAUAAAUUAUGCUAUGUCCUGGCUAUCAACGUUAGGCGGUGCAUUUUCCGCUAUGGGAGAUCAAUUUUGUCAUUGUGCUCAAAUUGCAGGAAAAAUUUCAAUUCAUCAAUUCAAAUUAGCACUUCGUUUAGGUGAUUCAUCCUUAAUUGCCCGGUGUAAAUUAUAUGUAUGUUUGAGUCUCAUCCAACAACUAAAAUAUUAUUGGCCAAGAAAAAUAAUCCCUGAAAUUUACGAAUGUUCAAAAGCAAAUAAAGAUGUAUGUUUAGGAAGAAUGUGUCAAGGAAUAUGGGCUAAACUUAAAUAUGUUUAUCGUUUAAAAAAAAAGUCAAAAACUAAAAAUUAAUAUAUAUAUAUAUAUAUACUUGAAAAUAUUGUCAAUUACUGGAAUGGCGCAUUGUCGACAGUUAGCUCAUGAAAAUGUCGAACUUUUACUAAUGGCAACAAUAUGAACGAUAGUAGUUAUGAAAAAUACGUAAUUAAAUGAAUUUAGAUUCAGUUUUUCUAUUAAAAAUUAAAUUAAAUGAAAAUUAAUACAUAUUAAAGUAUGUCUAUGUAUUUUAUGCGUAUUAUAUACUAAUAUUUUAUGCGUAUCAUAUACUAACACUGCAUUAAACGAGGAAUUUAUAAAUAAACUUCCGAUUAUAAAAUCGGAGCUUAAAAAGAUAAAUUUAUGGUUUUCGAUAUUGAUUUUCAGGUGCAUUAUCCUACGAGUC